ACACGCGGCCCAAAGUGGAGGAGAAGCGGACGGGUCCGCAGCGCGACGCCUGCAGCGCUCAUAUAGCCUGAUACACAAACAAAGCGCUAGAGAGACUGACGAGGACGACGAGACGCACGGCCACAGCCAGCGAACGGAGCAAGAUCAAGCAAAGAUGGGCUCCCUCUUCUCGUCGGAAACCGGCAGCCCCGCUGCCGACGGCGAUUCCCCUAGCCGCGUGGUCACCUUCCGGUCCAAAGACAGGUGGGACAAGCACAUGGAAAUUGUCGGGAGUGACGCCUCCAUCCUGGUCGUGGUCCUUUUCUCGGCGGCGUGGUCCGAACCGGGCAAGAUGAUCGAGCCCAUCUUCAAGGAGCUGUCCUGCAGCAAAACCGACGCCGAGUUCGCCAAGGUCGACGUCGACGAGCUCUCGGAGGUUGCAAAAGCAUUUCGUGUAGAGGCGAUGCCGACCUUCAUACUACUGAAGGGCGGGAAGGAGGUGAGUCGCGUGCUUGGGGCCAACAGGAACGAGCUUAUAAAGCAGAUCGAACAUCACAACUCUACGCGGUCCGCCCACUGAAUACCUGUGCUCCAGAUCCGGUGCAAAGUCCUGGCUUCUCACACGUACUGGUAGGGGGCUCCUAUGUUUUUCCUAUGUUGUGGUGGCAAAUACCCUUAUAAAAUAAAAUGCUGCCAAAUUCGAAAAGCUGUAAUAAGAAUCCUGAAAACCGGAAUCACCGGUGUGUAAAUGUGCUACUACUUCGGCUUGUCUUAAUAACAUUAUGCCGCUUCCAACCCUCCA